AUGAGUACCGAAACUAUCCUAAUCCUCGGAGGAUCCUUUGCAGGCAUCAGCGCUGCGCACUACGCCCUCAAGCAUGUUAUCCCACAGUUACCCAAGAAGGAUGGAGUUACAUACAAUGUCACGCUCGUCAACCCCUCCAAAGACCUCUGGUGGCGCAUCGCAGCACCUCGCGAAAGUGUCUCGAAACAGAUGAUGCCUUCGGAGAAGACCUUCUACCCCAUCGAGCCUGCGUUCACUUAUGCGUUCCCCAAGUUCAAGUUCAUCCAAGGAACUGCGACAAAUGUCGACCCCACCGGCCAAACAGUCUGCGUUGAAACCGCAUCUGGCGAGCAGCAAAACAUCGAAUACGCUGCGCUUGUCAUCGCGACCGGUUUCACCACACCAAGCCCGCUCUUCACACAGGCAACCGACCGCGAAGCACUCGAGAAGGUUCAUACCGCCUUCCAGGAGGGCCUGAAGAGCGCAAAGACAGUAGUCAUCGGCGGAGGCGGUCCAGUAGGUGUCGAGACGGCUGGAGAGGUUGCAGAGAUUCUGAACGGCAGACCGGGUUUCAUGGCAUCCGCGCCUAAGAACCCAAAGGCAAAAGUCACGCUCAUCUGCGGAGACAAGAAACUCUUGCCUCUUCUGCGUCCAGCCAUUGGUCAAACCGCUGAGCAAUUCCUCAAGCGUCUCGGAUGCGAUGUCACCUACAACACGAGGGUUGUUGGAUCCACCGAAGCGGGCGAAGAAGGCGCAAAGACGAGGGUGGAACUCAGCAAUGGCGAAACAGUCGAAGCGGAUAUCUACAUCGAUGCGACCGGCUCACGGCCGAACACUGGCUUCCUCCCGAAGGAGUGGCUCGAUACCCGCAACCGCGUCGCAUGUAACGACAAGACCCUCCGCGUCGAACACGAAUCCGCCGGUCCCCGCGUCUACGUCGUCGGCGAUGCAGGCUCUUAUACUCGUGGAGGCGUCAUGGACAUGUACGACGCUGUACCUGCGGCUAUGACAAACCUCAAGAACGACCUGCUUGCCCACCUGACUGGGGAGCCACACAAGGGCGAUCGCCACUACACGGCGAACUUGAAGGAGCAGCAGAUUUGCCCCAUCGGCACCCAGAAGGGUGUUGGUGCGUUCAAUGGCUUCAGGGUGCCUAGUCAGAUGGUAUGGAUGAUCAAGGGAAGGGACUACAUGAUCAGCCAGCUUGCUGAGGGCACAUUGAGGGGCGAUCAAUUCAAGAAGGAGGGCAAGUGGACGCCUGUUCAACAGGCUGGCAAGGCUGGACUCAGUUCAGGGUAG